UUUUAAUUGGUGUUUCGGGCUUUAAUUAAAACGAAACCGUUUCAUUUGUCAAUAAAUUGUGGACAAAAUAGGUGCCAAGUAGCGGCAUUCAUUUCACAAAUUAAUGCAACUAAAACGCCCAUAGCUGCAACUAAGCUUUAUUUAAUUGUUGAAAGGUAAAGGACCAAAGGAGAUGGCCGUCCUUACCCCAUCGUAUUAGGCAACUCCAUAAACAAGCUCAUCACCGCCACUGUGAGCCGUCGUCUGCGCGUAGCUUUUCGACAUGGCACCAAAGGAGGCGGAGGCGCCAGAGGCGAUCAAGGCACUCUUUGAUGAUUACUCUGAUAGUGGGAUCAUGACCGUUGACCAUUUCCACAGGUUCCUCAUUGAGAUCCAAAAGCAACAGAAUGCUACAAUGGAAGACGCGGUGAACGUGUUUCGUCAAAUUGAUGUUAAACCCCAACAGGGUUUAAAUCUGUACAGUUUUUUCAAGUACCUUUUUGAUGAUUUCAACUCUCCUCAUCUCCAUAUUAUCAGCGGGGUUCACCAUGACAUGACUGCCCCUCUGUCGCAUUAUUUCAUAUUUACUGGGCACAAUUCAUAUCUUACUGGAAACCAACUUAGUAGUGACAGCAGUGAUGCUCCCAUUAUAGAUGCCUUGAAAAGAGGAGUUAGAGUAAUUGAAUUGGACAUUUGGCCUAAUUCCACUGGAGAUGAUGUCCAUGUUUUUCAUGGGAGGACACUUACAUCUCACGUGGAGCUUAUCAGAUGUCUAAGGUCUAUCAAAGAACAUGCGUUUAUUGCAUCAGAUUAUCCAGUUAUUAUAACCCUAGAAGACCACCUAACUCCCGAUCUUCAGACUAAAGUGGCUGAGAUGGUCACUCAAACCUUUGGAGACAUUCUGUUCAUUCCUGGAUUAGUACGCUUAAAGGAAUUUCCCUCCCCAGAAUUGUUGAAGAAACGAAUUCUCAUAUCAACCAAACCACCAAAGGAGUACCUUGAGGGAAAUGAUAUUAAAGAGAAGAAGGGUGAUACGGAGAGUGAAAAGUCUUGCCACAUUCAAGCUGAUGACAAGAAUGAACCAGAAGAAGAUAGUGAUGAUGAAGAGGUUGAAGGGGAUAUUAAGUCGAACCGAAAGGUAGCCCCAGAGUAUAAACAAUUAAUUACAAUUCAUGCUGGGAAGCCUAAAGGUGGUUUUGAUGUAAGCCUGAAACUGGAUUCCGAGAAAGUGAGACGCCUUAGCUUAAGUGAGGAACAACUUGAAGAUGCUGCAGAAACUCAUGGAAAAGAAAUUGUCAGGUUCACACAGCAGAAUAUUCUUAGGGUCUACCCAAAGGGUACUCGUGUAGACUCAUCCAACUACAACCCGCUGAUUGGAUGGAUGCAUGGAGCCCAAAUGGUUGCUUUUAAUAUGCAGGGACAUGGAAGAUCACUUUGGUUGAUGCAUGGAAUGUUCAAAUCUAAUGGUGGGUGUGGUUAUGUGAAGAAACCUGACUUUCUAUUAAAGCCUGGUCCUCAUGGUGAGGUGUUUGACCCUAGAGCUGAGUUACCCGUGAAGACAACUUUGAAGGUGAAAGUCUAUAUGGGGGAUGGAUGGUACAAUGAUUUCCAGAAGAAAGAUUUUGAUUUAUUUAGCAAACCAGAUUUCUAUGUUAGGGUAGGAAUUGCUGGAGUCCCUGCAGAUAGUGAAAUGAAGAAGACAGCAAAAGUGGAUGACAAUUGGAGACCUGUUUGGAAUGAGGAAUUUGAGUUUCCAUUAACUGUUCCAGAAUUGGCUCUUCUUCAGAUUGUUGUGAAAGAGUAUGACAUGUCUGAAAAGGAUGAUUUUGGUGGGCAGACUUGCCUGCCCGUAUCUGAAUUACAAAGAGGGAUUCGGGCAGUUCCACUACAUGACCGUGACGGGACAAAGUUUGCUUCGGUUAAGCUGUUGAUGCAUUUCGAUUUUGUGUGAGUGUAUUAGCAGUUCUCUAUGGGAUGAUAGUGUACAGACUCCACAUCAGUUAAGCCAUUUUUUUUUGUUUUGUUUGAUGUUGCUGUGAUCUGGUUGGUGUCUGUCACAAUAAGAACAUUUGCCUCUGUUGUUUUUAGUAUUAUUCCACGUCAAAGGAUCAUUUGUACCCAAGGUCACUAUUGUUAAACCAUACGUAGUAUUUUGUGACUUUUACCUGA